GAUACAAGAAAGCCCCCCCAUAAUUAUCUCCUCUCUCUCUCUCUCUCUCUCUCUCGCCACACACACAAUUCUUCUUUUUCUUCUUCUUCGUUAGCCAUGAUUACAGGUAAGGACAUUUACGAUGUUCUUGCUGCGAUUGUUCCUCUAUAUGUUGCUAUGAUACUUGCCUAUGGCUCAGUCCGAUGGUGGAAAAUCUUCACCCCCGAUCAAUGCUCUGGUAUUAACCGUUUUGUGGCAGUCUUUGCGGUUCCUUUACUCUCUUUCCAUUUCAUCUCUUCUAACGACCCUUACGCCAUGAACUAUCGCUUCAUUGCGGCCGAUUCUCUCCAGAAAGUAGUCAUUCUUGCGGCUCUGUUUCUUUGGCAAGCUUUCAGCAAACGUGGCAACCUUGAGUGGAUGAUCACUCUCUUCUCUCUUUCUGCCCUCCCCAACACUUUGGUCAUGGGCAUCCCUCUUCUGAAAGCCAUGUAUGGAGAUUUCUCGGGGAGUCUAAUGGUUCAAAUUGUGGUCUUGCAAAGUGUAGUUUGGUAUACUCUAAUGCUCUUCAUGUUCGAAUAUAGAGGAGCCAAAUUACUUAUCUCCGAUCAAUUCCCUGAAACAGCAGGUUCCAUUACCUCCUUCAGAGUUGAUUCUGACGUCAUUUCGCUAAAUGGUCGAGAACCAUUACAAGCAGAUGCUGAGAUCGGGGACGAUGGUAAGCUCCAUGUGGUUGUCAAAAGAUCUAGCGCCUCGUCAAUGGUGUCUUCCUUUAACAAGUCACACGGACUAAACUCAAUAACAUCCAUGACCCCAAGAGCUUCGAAUCUUACAGGUGUAGAGAUCUAUUCAGUGCAAUCUUCUCGAGAGCCAACACCAAGGGCUUCAAGUUUUAACCAGACGGAUUUUUAUGCCAUGUUUGCUAGCAAGGCCGCAAGUCCCAAGCACGGAUACACAAAUAGUUUUCAGGGAGCUAUUGGCGAUGUUUACUCUUUGCAAUCUUCUAAAGGAGCCACGCCUAGAGCAUCAAAUUUUGAUGAGGACAUGUUGAGGAUUGGGAAGAAAAGAGGCGGGAGAAGUAUGAGUGGUGAGUUGUUUAAUGCUUACCCCCCUCCUAAUCCCAUGUUUUCAGGAUCUACUAGUGGAGGUCCUAGAAAAAAGGAAAGUGGUGCGAUGCCUAACAAGGAGCUCCACAUGUUUGUCUGGAGCUCAAGUGCCUCACCGGUUUCUGAAGGGAAUCUGAGACAUGCAGUUCAUCGAGCUGCCUCCACUGACUUUGGGGGCAUAGAUUCUUCUAAAGUCGGUCUUCAACAUGAAACUAGUGCCGCUUCAAGAGCCAUGCACGAAUUAAUUGAAAAUAUGAGUCCCGCUGGGAAAAUGAAUGCAGAAAAGGAGCUCGACAUAGAGGAUGGGCAAAAGUUUGCAGCAAGUGGUUCCCCCUUCAAUUGCCAAAAGAAGAUGGAUAUGGAAGGCGAUGGAUCAAGAAAGCACCAGAUGCCUCCUGCAAGUGUCAUGACAAGGCUCAUACUAAUCAUGGUCUGGAGGAAGCUGAUAAGAAACCCUAACACAUAUUCAAGCCUUUUGGGCGUGGUGUGGUCUCUCAUAUCUUUCAGAUGGAACAUCCAAAUGCCGUCAAUUGUAAGAGGGUCCAUAUCAAUAUUAUCAGAUGCCGGUUUAGGAAUGGCCAUGUUCAGUCUAGGUUUAUUCAUGGCUUUGCAACCAAAAAUUAUAGCUUGUGGAAAAUCUGUAGCGACUUUUGCCAUGGCUGUAAGGUUUCUGACUGGUCCUGCUGUAAUAGCUGCAACCUCCAUUGCUACUGGUCUUCGUGGUCCUCUUCUACAUGUGGCGAUUGUUCAGGCGGCUCUUCCCCAAGGGAUCGUUCCAUUUGUAUUUGCAAAGGAAUACAAUGUCCACGCUGACAUACUUAGCACUGCGGUUAUCUUCGGAAUGUUGAUUGCCUUGCCCAUUACAAUACUCUAUUACGUACUUCUCGGCCUUUGACUUCCAAGAAAACAAGGCAAUAGGAGAGAAUAUAUUAAAGUACUUAAAAAAUUUUGGGCAUUGGAAUUGGCAAUACACAGACAUUGCACAAUCAGCUGCAUGUGACCUCUGCUGUAAUCACUUUCUGCAAUGCUAUUUAUUUAUUUUUACCAGCUUACAUGCAUAUGGUUAGUUAUAGUGGAAAGCAGAAUACUCUAACUAGCUAGGCAUUUAACAACUUGAAUGAACUACUUAGCUUUCACUAAA